AUGGCUCCUCAACGUCAUCCCAGCGGCUCUGGUUUCGUUACCAGGCCCACUUUGGAUGUUUUGAGCGACGCUGGCAUUGAGGUCUCUGUUGCCUGCAGAACUCUCGACAGCGCAAAGAAGCUCUCCGAGGGCGUCAAGCUCGCAAAGCCAAUCUCCCUCGAUGUCACCGACAACAAAGCCCUUGACACUGCGGUAGCACAGCACGAUCUUGUUAUUAGCUUGAUCCCAUACACUUUCCACGCUACCGUCAUCAAGUCCGCGAUCCGAAACAAGAAGAACGUUGUCACCACGAGUUAUAUCUCCCCAGCCAUGCUCGAGCUUGAACAAGAGGCAAAGAACGCAGGAAUCACAGUUAUGAACGAGAUUGGUACUCUGAGAUAUGAAGGAUUCCCAGAAUUCGUCAAGGUUCUAGUCGAUAUUGGCUUCCUCAGCGACGAGGAGCAGAGCUUCUUGAAGGAGCCAAUCACCUGGAAGCAAGCCACUCAGAAGAUUCUCGAUGCUUCUUCAUCAAGCGAGAAUGAUCUCUUAUGGGCAAUUUCAUCAAAAACGACCUUCAAGGAUAACGAUGAGAAGAACCGAUUGAUGGCAGGUCUCAAGUGGACUGGCAUCUUCUCGGAUUCAAAGAUUACCCCAAAAGGAAAUCCGCUGGAUACUCUGUGCGCCACUCUUGAAGAAAAGAUGCAGUACGAGGAGGGUGAGCGUGACUUAGUGAGUUUCAAGGUGCUCCAACAUAAGUUCGAGAUCGAGAACAAGGACGGUAGCAAGGAGACCAGAACUUCUACUCUCUGCGAGUACGGUGCUCCGACUGGAUCGGGAGGCUACUCAGCAAUGGCGAAAUUAGUCGGCGUACCGUGCGGAGUCGGCAAGUCUCCCCUCUUUCUGAAGUUCCUUCCGACACUGCAAUCAUUCUCAAGAGGCGAAGGUGUAUUGCCACCUGAAGGUUCACUCUUGACCGCUCUGGGUCUCAGACGGUGUCUCAAACCCCACUCACUUCUGAAAAGAGAAAUUGCUAACGUUCUGUUUCAUACAGCCGUCAAACAAGUACUUGAUGGCACGAUCUCCGACAAAGGCAUUCUCGCGCCAAUGAACUCCCGGAUCAACGAUCCAUUGAUGAAGGAGUUGAGGAAGUACGGUAUCGAGUGUAAGGAGGAGAUUAUCGCUUAG